UUUCUUCUUUAAAGUUCGGUCGGGCGAAAUUUCGAACGCUUUGAUUCGCAAUCACAUAUCUUUGCAAAGCUCACGAAAAUGGCGGAAAGCCCCGACACUGACCUCGUCCAAUCGCUGCAACUGCAAAUGCAGUCUCUUAGCAGAAGAAUUCAAGAACUUGAGGCUGAAAACGCAAGACUUUCAGUUCGUCUCUCAAAUUGCGACUGUCGGAAGGUCGUUGAGAAUGAUGAAACUGGUGGUACAAUUGAAGAGAUGGAGGCUUUGCAAGUAGAUGAUAGAGGUUUGGUAAACAGGUCAAUAGCCGAAGUUUCAGGGAAUGAUAGAAAUGAUAAAUUGUCUUUGAGUCAUUUACCAAAGCGGCAUAUUGCAUUGAAAGUAAUGUAUUUUGGUCAGAGAUAUUAUGGGUUUGCGUCAGAGGCACAAAAUUAUCCAACCAUAGAGUCAGAAAUUUUUAAGGCCCUCCAAAAGACAAGGUUAAUAUUAGGAGAUAAAAUGGAAUUGAACUAUUCAAGAUGUGGAAGAACAGACAAAGGAGUUUCUUCUGUUGGUCAGGUAAUAUCCCUAUUUCUGAGAUCAGAUCAUAGGGAAAUACCUAGGAUCAAUGGAUGUUCUGAAGAAACAGUUAUCCACGAAUCAUAUGGGGGAGAAUUAGAUUAUGUUAAGUUGCUGAACCGAGUUCUUCCAAAAGACAUACGAGUUAUCGGAUGGUCUCCUGCUCCAACUGAUUUCAGCGCAAGGUUCAGUUGUUUGAGCAGGGAAUAUAAGUACUUUUUCUGGAGAGAGAAUUUGGAUAUCCUUGUAAUGGAGACUGCAGGGAAGAAAUUCAUAGGGGAACAUGAUUUCAGAAAUUUCUGUAAGAUGGAUGCAGCUAACGUCCAUAACUACAGGCGGCACAUCAUAUCAUUUGAGAUGUUCCCCUGCAAUGAAAGGUUCGAAGAUGAUCAACUCUGGGCGGUGAAAAUCAAAGGCAGUGCCUUCCUGUGGCACCAGAUACGUUGCAUGGUUGCUGUUUUGUUUUUGAUAGGCCAAGGUCUCGAAUCUCCUAAUGUGAUAGAUGAGUUGCUGGAUGUUGACAAAACACCAAGAAAACCGCAAUACACAAUGGCGCCAGAGACUCCACUGGUUCUCCAUUCUUGUGAAUUUGAAGGUCUCAAGUUUAUGUGCUCUUCAGAUGCCCGAAAAGCACUCUGCACUCACUUCAACAAGGAAUGCCGAGAUUAUAAACUUCAAGCAGCAAUCUUUGACGAGGCCUUGCAGAGUUCUUCUUGUUCCUUCUAUGGUACAAACGCUUUUCCCACUUGCUUCUUACCUGCAUCUUCUAUUAUUCCCUUACGGAAGUUCUUAUUUGCAGAAAGCUGUAAGCAUAACAGUAGAAUAAAAAGGAAAGGACUCGUACAUAUCCCUCUAAUGUCCCGACCAACGGAACCUUCUUACGAAGAACGCCGCGCUAAAUUGACUGUCCAUGAGUAGAGCUGUUAUGCGAGCUGAAUACUCUUAAGUUCGACUCGAACUCAAUUUAAAGAAAAAUCGUAAAAUAGUUGAUACAACUUGGCGUCCGCAACAGUUCUAUCCAUGCCUGGAAAAUUUCCAGGAACCGACGACGAUUUAAUUCUGAGAAGGAAGGAAUGUAAUUUAUUUGAUGCCAAGCUUGAUAAUUUAUGUUUGAUGUUAUUAUGGUACAUUAUUGUUGCAUGUUCCAAUAUGAGUAAUAUUAUUAUUAUAAUUAUUACUCUGUCCAAUUGUAUGCUUUAAUGUUUGGACAUAACUCUCGGCUGAAUUAUGUGUGGUAGUAAGAUCCCAAUGUUUGAAUUUAUGACG